AUGUGCCACAGGACGGGGCUGAUCCCAUGUGAGAACCCCCAGCUGGCGCAGCUCUCCAAGGAGAUGGUGACACCUUUGGUGAACCAGUGGCCAUCGCUGGGGACGCUCAAUGGCAACGAGAGCGGCUCGGACAGCAAGCUGUACAGGAGGCACAGCUUCGUGAGCACCGACCAUCUGUCGGCCGAGAACAGCCUCAGCUCCGACUCCCAGCGCCUGGGCGAGGGCAAGCGCGAAGGCGAGCCCUGGGGGCCCUUGGGGAAGGACCCCACGCCCUCCAUGCUGGGGCUCUGCGGCUCCCUGGCCUCGCUGCCCAGCUGCAAGUCCCUGGCCAGCCUCAAAUCCAACGAGUGCCUGGUGAGCGACAGCAACGAAGCCAGCCCCACCCGCAGCCCCAGCUGAGACCCCCGCCCCCCCCCGUCCGGCAGCGCCGCGGAGGACUGAACCUCAUCCCCUCCUUGCUGGGACCGACGGAGGAUGAAGGACGCAGAGCCGUCGGGACGGGGAUGGGACGUGAAUGCCCCCAUAUCCACCGAGCUGGGCAGGGGGUGAUGAACUGUGCGGCACGGGGAACCCUGGAGAAAGCUGCUGGGUGCAGAGGAGGGGUCUGGGCUCAAACACCCCCUUCUCAGCACCCAUGGGACCCGACUGCUUCUCCUGCAACACCAUCCCCGAAACUGAUAGGAACCCGCUCCCCUCCCGCCCCCUUUCUCCCUUUGGGUUUGGAUUCAACUUCAUCUUGCCUUGUUGGUGCAAAAGGAAUCAAUAAACGCAGCGAUAGGA